GGCCUCUGGGUGAGAUCAUGUGUAGUCCAUGCGCCGAAAGUAGGUUAGCAAGAGCAGUAGAGCUGGAAAGAGCGGACACCACGCGUGGAUUCACCGCUUCUUAUUCUGCCACCACCGCCGCCGCCACAACAACGUCCUCAUAUCAACGGGGAAGCUGUUGUUGAAGUAGCCCGGCGCCGUGUCGCCAUUAUUGUCCGUCUUUACGCGGGAAGAGGAGCUUGACAAGCCAUAGGAGGAGUUGUUGUUUGACAGCUCGGAGAAAGUACGCACGCCUUCGCUUCUUGCUCGGUUUGAUUUAAUUUCUACGCGGAAUUGUAUGUCUACAAGAAGAAUUGGCUAGACUCAACUGUCGACAUGAGAGCUCAAAUAGAAGUCAUACCCUGUAAAAUUUGCGGGGACAAAUCAUCAGGGAUUCACUACGGUGUCAUCACCUGUGAAGGCUGCAAGGGUUUCUUCCGACGGAGCCAGCAGAACAAUGCUAUGUACUCCUGCUCACGACAGAGAAACUGCCUGAUUGAUCGGACCAAUCGAAACCGUUGUCAGCACUGCCGGCUGCAGAAAUGCCUUGCUCUGGGCAUGAGCCGGGACGCGGUGAAGUUUGGUCGCAUGUCCAAGAAGCAGCGCGACAGCCUGUAUGCAGAGGUCCAGAAGCACCAGCAGUCUCAGGAGUGCGCUGGUAUUGUAGCCCGGGAAGAAAGUGGCAACAUGGGCGACCAUGGCCGCACCUACAGAAGAGUGUCCAGCACAGCACUCGCUGAUCUUGAUGACUUCACCACACUGCCUGAAGGCCUGCUCUUCGACCUGCCGCUAACCCCGGAGGAUGCAGGGGGAGAAUACAGGAACCUGGACAUGCUGGCCGGCAGUGCAGGUAGCACCUCAUCUUCACAGAGCUCACCGGAACAGACCAAUUUGGACUUUGUAGACGGCAACCAUAGCAUUAAGCACGAGUACCAGCUGCUGCACGACUCUGGGCUCUUUUCACACGCUAUCCUCAACCCGCUGCCCGACGGAUGCUCCCUGCUUGAGCUUGAGCACAUAACACAGUGUGUGGUGAAGUCCCAUAUAGAGACGUGCCAAUAUACUACAGAGGAGCUGAAGAGAAUGGCGUGGUCCACAUACGGCCCUGAAGAGACUCGCAUGUAUCAAACCAAGUCAGCUGAGGUGAUGUGGCAACAGUGUGCCAUUCACAUCACCAAUGCCAUUCAGUAUGUGGUGGAGUUUGCCAAGCGCAUCUCUGGAUUCAUGGACCUGUGUCAGAACGAUCAGAUUAUCCUCCUCAAAGCAGGCUGCAUGGACGUUCUUCUGAUCCGAAUGUGUCGGGCAUACAACCCCAUCAAUAACACUUUGCUCUUUGAUGGAAGGUUUGCCCCUUCUCACAUUUUUAAAGCACUUGGCUGUGAUGACCUUGUGGCUGCGGUAUUUGACUUGGCAAAAAGCUUGAGUCGUAUCCAGAUGUCUGAUGAAGAGAUGGCCCUCUUCACUGCUGCUGUGCUCCUCUCACCUGACCGACCAUGGCUAACAGAUGUGCAACAGAUCCAGAAGUUGCAGGAAAAGCUGUACGUCGCCCUCCAGCGCUGUCUACAAAAAGGGGGCUCAUCAGAGGAGAAACUUGCAAAGAUGGUCUCCAAACUCCCCAUCAUGAAGUCCAUUUGCAAGCUUCACAUUGAUAAGCUGGAAUUUUUCCGUUUGGUCCACCCCGAGACUGCAUACACCUUCCCACCGCUGUACAGGGAGGUGUUUGGCAGCGAAAUCACUUUUCCGGACUCUACAGAAGGUUAAGCGGCAUCACGCUUAAAUAUUAAAUAAAACAACACCAAAAAAAACAGAUUUCUGCCGAGAAUUUGCGAGGCCUAGGCAGAGAGAGAGAUAAAGCAUGUGGCAACAAGCUGAGGCGAAGGCAAAGCAGCCGCUCAAUGACAAUCCUGCACGCUACACUUUAGGACACACUCCUCUCUCACCUCUGAACGCCCCUCUCCAAUCCUUGUGGAGUCGCUCACAGUGCCCCUCGGGCCGCUCAGCUUUACCAGCGCAGGAAGGGUGCUCGGUACCUCUCUUCUCCAAGACACUAAAGAGUGGCUUCAACAAAAAAAAUAAAAUAAAUAAAUUUAUUUUUCUAAGUUCUUUAUAGUACAAAACCUCUCACAGCUCCUGUAAGCUACGGUUGAAUGUACCCCCACCCACGCCGCUUAAAGCGUUCAGCACAGCCUGUAGGCCCUAUUUUGAAUGUACAUACUUAACAAUCUUUACUUACCUCAAAUCUUUUUUUUUUUCCUAUACAAAUGCUUCAGUUGUGAGUCUGGUAAGAAUCCACCUUUUAUCACUCGGUAUCUUUUAGCAGUGCCCGCUUUUUUGCAGUUUUGCGGCAUGUGAACAAAGCGUUCAAAGGGACCAUGAUCAAAUCAAUUUCUCAACUAGGGUUUUUUUUUAGAUCUAUAUAUAUAUAUAAUUUUUUUUUCUUUACUAGCAUGCCCCAAAGACACUGAUGUAAGUGGGCUUUUUUUAAUGCAGUCAUUACCUCAGUCCCAGUGCCCUUUCCCAUUGCAUACGCCACUUAGAGAGAAGUCACAGUGAUAUUGUGGCAAUAUUAUAUAUAAAGAUUUAUAGCACCUAUAUAGCCGUACGAAGGAGACGGAUGACUCUCAAGAUGCGUUCACACUUGUUUUGACACUUGUCAUGUUUGGUUUUAAGGAACUCUAGUGCUUUUUCCUGUGUCGUUUGGUCAAGUGUGAAAGUGAUCAUUCGAACCCUGGUGUGCGGACCGAAAGAUGGGUCUCGAUCUGCUCCAGAGUGAACUCUGGUGUGGCUCAAUUGAAAUGUAAACGCUGCACAGACCAAAGACGCGGACCAGUUUUGAAAGGACAGUAAAUUACAUGCAGAAACGAUGACUAUAGAAAAAAUAUGGUGGAAGUGCUGUUUCUGUUCUGCUUUCUCCCUCUGUGUGUUUGUGUGGAUGUGUGGUGCUCUUUGAAAGUAUAUUUUCCUAGGUUUUUGUAAAAUCUAAGCCGGUCAAUAUAACAAUAACUUUAACAUCCAACCCAGCAGAUGACAUGUUGGUUUGUAAUAUUUGAGUUAUGUCACAUAUGUCGGAAAAGCUGUCCAAUCAAGUUGUUAUUUUAUGCAUGGGUGUGUUCAAUGCACAGCUUUUGGUCACUGAAAACAUAAGUGUGAAUGCGAAGCGAGCCAUGGCAAGAAAAGAACCAAACCAAGUGUGAACGCAUCCAUACUUUGAUUGUAUAGGAGAUAAUUAGCACUUACACAAGAGCCUCUUUUGGGCUCCAAAACCAAUUGCUGGCACUCAUUUUUUUGUGGGUUGCACUUAGGCUGUCAUCUUUGAUAACCCCAUUCGGAAGAACCCAGCUGUGUGAGCAGCAUGGACCUCCGCACGUCAAUCUUUACCCCGAGAGGUAAAACGGUAAUGAAACUGAGAAGUACAAAUCUGGCCGCUGCAUGUUUUGAAUGGUGGAACCGGUCCUGAGGCUGAAAGAUUACGAGUGGACAGAUGGGCCGCCGUGUUACUUAAGCUCCUUAAACAUCGGUUAGAGUGGGAUUUAUUACCCGCACCGACUCUCACUACUUAAAGCGGUCCCGAUUUGGAAAACCUGCUUGUCCGUUUCGCUCCCUCACUACCUCACCCCUCUCAAACGCCACACACAGACUUGUUGAGCUCACAUUAGCAUCAUACUGAAGAGCCUCUUCUACAUUAUUAUAACUAUAUCAUUAGGCACUUGUACAGAGGAUAACAAUGGCUGCUUCUAUUGUCGCCGCAGUGCUAUUGUGGAAGGCCUACACAGAUUUUCUCUUUUCAUGCUACCAGUAUUCAAAAAAUAUAUGUAUAAAAUGUUUUGUUUUAUUUGUAGCAUACAGAGACAAUCACAUGGAUAUAAUGAAUGUUCAUAUUUGAGUCCGCACUGCUGGGACAGUGCUGAUGGCCACACAGCAUACAGUAUGAUCUCACGUAGCGCAAAAAGGGGUGCCGCUCUUGUCGGGUACUUUAUGGCACAGUGGGAUUGUGCAAUAUUGUCUUUCCCAUUUUUAAGUAGCAUAGAUUUAGUUUGGGGCGUCAACAAAUGAAUCUCGAGUUUAAUCAACUCAAGGCCGAUUUCUCUGCAGGGUUGGCCAGAUUGUAACGAGGUGCAAUACUUUGUCAUAGAAUGUUUAGUAUGCCGCUUUUCAAUAGCUACAGUCACUCACUACGCAGUUUAUCGGGAUGAAAGAGCAGUCUGGAAGCCCGGCACUCAUGUUCCUCAGGGAGAUAGCUUGGCUCUCUGUCCUAUGUCCCGCUGUGUCCACAAGACACCUACAAACUGUAGAAGACCUUCAAACCUUCAUCACUGUGUACAGUACAUGUUCUUGUGAAUGAUUACAGAAAGUAUAAAAGAUUUAACCCUUUUCAAUAUUGCUAUUUCAAGACUUUUUGACUUCAUAGACUAAAUAGAAUAUUCAAACAAGAAAAUGAUUGAAAAAAAUAUGUAUAACAGAUUAAUUAUAAUCUAAUUCUUGUAUUGGUUUUGUUGUGAUCUUCAAUUUUGUCCUGAUAUGUACUAUGAUAUUUUCCUCAUCGGUUUAGUGUCCUUUUUAGUCUUUUUGGAGCGAUGUAAUUCUAUUUUUUUUAAAGAGCGUUUUUAAACAUGUCUCCCUAAAAGCUUCUCUUUUGUCAUGAUCCUUCUGUUUAUGAUAUGUUUAUUCUAUUUUUAGAUCAUUAUUAUUAUUAUUAUUAUUGAAUCAUUAUAGAUUUAAGUAAGACUUAAUUUAUGACAUGUCAUGGAUUUUUAAAAAAGCCAGAGAGGUUAUUAACACAAGAAAGUGUUAUUGCACAAUGGUGAUAUGCUUUGUGGAUUUAAGAAUGUAAUAAAAUUCUUUUUACAAUGAAAGUCAAA